AGAGAUGGAGCAGGAGUGCAAUGGCAAGGUGGGGGCUUGGCACCUUGCUAGCUCAAUUCUAGCCACACACCUCAGCCAUUCCACCUCCUUCUCCACUUCCUCUAUUUAUGCUGUCCUUGCCAUCACUUAGCACCAACCAAAGCACAAUUCCCACUUGACAUUGCCUCUUCUUCUUCCUCUUGACAUCAUGGCCUUCUCUUCAUUCUCUUAUCCUUGCAAUUUGAUGGUGGUUGGAGCUUCAGAUCCUCGGAAACAGUCCCUGUUUGCUUCAAGUUUGUUUGGUGGGGCUUCUGACCUUCUUUGCUUCCAUCAGCAACACAGGUUGCUCAAGGGUAGGAAAAGAUCAUGUAUUUCUGCAUCAUUAUCAGAGAGAGGAGAGUAUCAUUCACAGAGACCACCUACUCCAUUAUUGGAUACUAUAAACUAUCCAAUUCACAUGAAGAAUCUCUCAAUUAAGGAGCUUAAACAACUUUCUGAUGAGCUUCGGUCAGAUGUCAUCUUCCAUGUAUCGAAAACAGGCGGUCAUCUUGGAUCGAGCCUCGGUGUCGUUGAGUUGACAGUUGCUCUCCAUUAUGUCUUCAAUGCUCCUCAAGACAAGAUGCUGUGGGAUGUUGGUCAUCAGUCAUACCCACACAAAAUUUUGACUGGGAGAAGGGACAAGAUGCAUACAAUGAGGCAAACAAAUGGUUUAUCUGGCUUCACCAAGCGGUCAGAGAGCGAGUAUGAUUCCUUUGGUACUGGCCAUAGUUCAACCAGUAUAUCAGCAGCUCUUGGUAUGGCUGUGGGUAGAGAUCUUAAGGGUAGAAAGAACAGUGUGAUUGCGGUAAUAGGUGAUGGAGCCAUGACGGCGGGGCAAGCUUAUGAAGCAAUGAAUAAUGCAGGAUAUCUUGACUCUGACAUGAUUGUCAUACUGAAUGAUAAUAAGCAAGUUUCUCUUCCCACUGCAAAUCUUGAUGGACCUAUACCUCCGGUUGGCGCUUUGAGUAGUGCAUUAAGCAGAUUGCAGUCUAGCAGACCCCUCAGAGAACUCCGGGAGGUAGCAAAGGGUGUCACAAAGCAAAUUGGUGGUCCAAUGCAUGAGAUAGCUGCAAAGGUUGAUGAAUAUGCUCGAGGAAUGAUCAGUGGAUCUGGUUCCACAUUAUUUGAAGAGUUAGGAUUGUACUACAUUGGUCCAGUUGAUGGCCACAAUAUGGAUGAUCUUGUCACCAUUCUGAGGGAGGUGAAGAGCACAAAAACAACAGGUCCUGUACUUAUCCACGUAGUAACUGAAAAAGGCCGAGGAUAUCCUUACGCAGAGCGAGCUGCUGAUAAGUACCAUGGAGUAACCAAAUUCGAUCCAGCGACCGGGAAACAAUAUAAAGGCAGUGCUCCUACUCAAUCUUAUACAAAUUAUUUUGCUGAGGCAUUGAUAGCUGAGGCAGAAGCAGACAAGGACAUCAUUGCAAUUCAUGCAGCAAUGGGAGGUGGGACAGGCCUCAAUUACUUCCUCCGCCGCUUUCCUGAGCGGUGCUUCGAUGUUGGAAUUGCAGAACAGCAUGCUGUCACAUUUGCAGCUGGCCUUGCCUGUGAAGGUCUCAAGCCGUUUUGUGCAAUCUAUUCAUCAUUCUUGCAGCGUGCUUAUGAUCAGGUGAUACAUGAUGUAGAUUUGCAGAAACUUCCAGUGAGGUUUGCAAUGGACAGGGCAGGGCUUGUGGGAGCUGAUGGACCGACACACUCAGGAUCAUUCGAUGUCACUUAUAUGGCAUGCUUGCCAAACAUGGUUGUCAUGGCUCCUUCCGAUGAGGCUGAGCUAUUUCACAUGGUAGCGACUGCAGCAGCCAUCAAUGACCGUCCGUCUUGUUUCCGCUAUCCAAGAGGAAAUGGUAUCGGUGCACCUCUUCCUCCCGGAAACAAGGGUGUUCCACUAGAGAUUGGGAAAGGAAGAGUGCUGAUUGAGGGUGAGAGAGUUGCACUUCUUGGAUAUGGAACAGCAGUGCAGAGUUGCUUUGCUGCAGCUUCACUCAUUGAAAGUCAUGGAUUGAGAAUUACAGUAGCAGAUGCUAGAUUUUGCAAACCAUUAGACCAAGCAUUGAUUCGUGGCCUCGCAAAGUCCCACGAAGUACUGAUCACUGUCGAAGAAGGAUCAAUUGGAGGAUUCGGGUCCCAUGUUGCACAAUUCAUGGCUCUGGAUGGAUUGCUUGAUGGCACAACAAAGUGGAGACCGAUUGUUCUUCCGGAUCGAUACAUUGAUCACGGGGCACCAGUCGAUCAGAUGGUCGAAGCUGGCUUGACGCCGGCUCACAUUGCUGCAACAGUGUUCAACAUUCUUGGACAAACCAGAGAAGCUCUAGAGAUCAUGUCAUAGACUGUUGUUAACUGAUACAUGUAUGUGAAUUAUAUAACCAGAUGUAGAAUUUUUACUAUUUAAUAUGUUUUGUUUGUGUAUCUGAUUCUGUUGUUUUUUGUGACAUAAAAAUAGAUGUCUGUAUAAGAUUGUUCUUGUGAUGAAACAUGGAGUAUUUAUUGAA